ACUUACAACUACUACCGGUCAAUUUUUUAUUACUGCAGAGACAAAAAUCAAGAAAAAGCCACCAGGAAGCAAGCCAAUCAAUAAUGACAUAUUUCAACAACUUGUAAACAGAAACCCAACCAAAAAACUGAAAAAUGAAAGGAAGACCAGUACUAUUCUGUAGUAAUUUGAAUAACAAGGUAAUGGGGGUUAUUCAGCUGCUUGUAGCAAUUAUCACUGCAGUUCUACUUAUCACAACUUUGUUCAUGUCCAGAGAGAUUAAGCUGCAGGACAUUGGAAAAAAGCCUCAGUUGAACUCAUUAUCCAGCUGCAAUUUCUUUUCAGGUAAAUGGGUAUUUGAUAAUCAAUCUCGCCCUCUUUAUAAUGGGUCGAAUUGUUCGUUCAUUUCGUUCUUGGAUGAUGGAAUGGCUUGUCAGAGUUAUGGGAGAAAAGACCUCAACUACCUCUAUUGGAAAUGGCAACCCCAUGAUUGUGACCUUCCAAGAUUUAAUGCCACAGCAAUGUUGGAGAAGUUGAGGAACAAGAGGCUUGUGUAUGUGGGAGAUUCACUCAAUAGGAAUCAGUGGGUUUCAAUGGUGUGCAUGCUAGAGUCAUCAAUCCAUACUCAUCUCAAACAUGUUCACUUCAAUGGUUCUUUGGUCACAUUAAAAGCUAUUGAAUACAAUGCUACCAUUGAUUUCUACUGGGCACCAUUGUUGGUGGAAUCUAAUUGCGAUGAUGCAUGGCAUCAUCGUGUGAAGGAUCGCGUACUGAGAGUCGAUUCAAUAGAGAAACAUGCUAGAUUUUGGGAAGAUGCUGAUGUACUUGUCUUUAAUUCCUAUUUAUGGUGGAGACUGGAUUUGACUGUUCUGUGGGGAUCGUUUGAAAGUACAGAUGCAAAGUAUGAACAAUUAGGGAUGCUGCAUACAUACGAAUUGGGGCUUAAGACAUGGACGGAUUGGUUGGACACUCAUGUCAACCGCACCAAAACUAGAGUUUUCUUUGUUGGCACGUCACCCACGCACAGCAGGGGUGAAGAGUGGGGGAAGGCAGAGGGUAAGAAUUGCUACAAUGAAACAGAGCCAAUUUCUAAUGUCUCUGAGUAUUGGGGAUCAGAAUCAGAUCCAGAAAUGAUGAGAUUGGUGGAAGUAGCCAUCAAGAAAUUGAAUGAGAGAAGUGGUAUCAAAGCAGAUUUGCUAAACAUUACUCAACUUUCUGAAUAUAGAAAAGAAGCUCAUCCAUCCAUCUACAGAAAGCACUGGGAUCCUCUAACCAAAGAACAAUUGUUAAAUCCAAGUAGUUAUGCAGAUUGUACACAUUGGUGUCUUCCUGGAGUCCCUGAUGUUUGGAAUCAUUUUUUAUAUGCAUACCUUCUUUACUUGUGACCAAUGUGGAAUGAGACUAGUUCUUACAAAAGCGGUAAGAAUGUAACUGGAUCAUUUGUUCUUUUAAUGAAGAUUCUUUGUGUUGUUAAAAGCUUGAACAAUGAAGAUUAAUGACAAGUGCCAAAUUGAUCAA